CCCGUACACUUCUGAACGUAUUUCUCCCCUCCCCCCUCCAGAGAGCCCUCCCUCAGCCGGACAUAUCUUCCUCUCUGCUGUCUCGUCUCUCUCUCUCUCCCUCCCUCUCCCUCUCAGGCGCCUGUUUGUCUAGCGUCCCUGCUGUCUGUUUCUUCCCUUCCCCCCUCUCCCUCUCCGCUCUAGCCCGACCGUCACCAUGGGCCCGAGACCGAAGCGCGAAAAGGGCAUCACCUUCUCGCUCGUCCAUCGCGACAGCCACGACCCGCUGUACCAUGAUGUGGAUGCCCCGGAGCGCGUCCUCGUGCCGGUGGUGUCCGGCAAUCGCAAUCGCCGGAAGGAUGCCCAGCGCCUGUCCGAGCUGGACAGCGAGGCAGCCUCGAGGUAUGCCGGCUCCGAUGACGAGCAGGAUCUGCUGGAUUCCGACGGGGAGCUUGACGACGAUCUGAUCGCGCGUCUCGGCGGCGUGGACUUCGAUGACGACGAGGAGGAGGCCUUUGAGCCGGACUUCGAGAUCGACGGCCCGGAUGCCCACCCCGAUGGGGAUGAUGACGACCUGGCGGCCCCGCGCCGCCACCGUGACCGAGCGCCCGUUCGGCGCCAUGUCCCCGGUGAGGCGGCCAAGUACGGCAUCUUCUUCGAUGAUCGUGACUACAAUUACAUGCAGCAUCUCCGGCCGAUGGUUGGUGGCCCGGGGGCUGUGUUCAUCGCGGCCAAGGGCGCCGAGCCCACCCGCGUCCGUGGCGAUGGCGGCUUCACUCUGCGUGACAGCGCGGCCCCGGGCUCCGGCGGCGAUCGUGCGGCCCUGACUCGUGCCGAGGUCGAGCGCCUCAACCUCCCGAGCGACAUCCUGCCGGCGUCCUACUCGGCGGUCGAGUAUGCCAAGACCCGGGGUGCCUUUGUGCCGGAGCUCGGUACCUACGGCAAGCUCGGCUCCGUCGGUGGCCCGCGGCCGGACCUGAGCGAGGACAUCCUCGAGGUCCUGGAAGCCCUGGACGACGAGGAGUACCUGGUGGACGGGGACUUCGAGGAUGACUUCUUCGCCAAGGCCGACGCCAAGCCGACGGCCGAGGACCGGGCGCGCCAGCGGGCCGAGGCCAAGGCCAGCCGCGCCGCCACCGGCCCCGGCGCCAUGCCCGAUGAUGAUGAGAUCCGCCGGCUCAUGAUGGCCGAUCAUGUGGACGAGUUCGGCAACCCGAUCCACGGCGAGGAGGAGUACUACCCCGGCGGUGAUUCGGACCUGGACGCCCAUGGCAGCGGCGGCGGGUACAGCGAUGAGGAUGGCUCUGGCUCCGUGAAUGCCGGCCAUGACUCGCGCUCGGACUUGGGCUUCAGCGAUGAGUUCGACGACGACGAGUUCGACGACGACGAGGAGUAUGGCGACUUCGACUUUGAUGGCGGUCGGCACCCGGCCCGGCGCUCGGUGCGCUUCGCCGAUGGCGACAAUGACCGGUACUUCGACAGCCGCACCGUCAUGACGACCACAUCGGCCUCGCUGGCGCGCACCGAGUCCCUCCGCUUCCUCGAUGACCGCUUCGAGCAGCUGCUCAACGAGUACGAUGUCGGCGACAUCGGCGAGCUGGAUGAGGAAGACCCCACGGUCAUGGGGCACGCCGAUAUGGCGCGCUACGAGUCGAUUUUGGACGAGUUCCUGACGGCCAAGCGCAAGGCUGCCGCGGACAAGGGUCUCGUCGGCCUGGAGCGGCUGCGCGGCAGUGCCCUUGAGGCCAUGGCGACCCCGGGCCCCGCCUCGGCAUCGGCUCCGGCCGAGUCCCCGGCCACCGGCGCCCAGCAGCAGCAGCAGCAGCAGUCCGCCAUCUCCCCGGAGGCUGCCGCCGCCUCGGCGGCCCUCCUGCAGCAGGACGUCGCGCGCUACAUCACCAAGUACGCCGAGACCGUGGACGAGUCUGGCAACCUGCCGGAUGAGCAUGAGGAGGUGGAGGUCGAGCCGCGCCAGAAGGAGGCCGAGUUCGAUUGCGAGAGUAUCCUCUCCACCUACUCGAACAUCAGCAACCGGCCGUCGGUCCUGAGUGAGUCCCGGCACCAGCAGCGCCGCAUGACCUCGGUCGAGAGCCUCGGUGGUGGCCGGUCGUCUUCCGGGUUCGGCCUGGCGCCGGCGCCGGCGCCGGCCAUCAAGAUCAAGAUCGGCCGGUCUGGUGUGCCGAUCGGUGGCUUCCGCAACAUCCAGCACUUCCGGGCCCAGGCUCGCCAGGAGUCGUCCCAGCGCAAGGGGGGUGCUGCCGUCGCCGCCGCGGCGGUCGACCAGCCGCCGUCGUCGGCCGCCCCGGUUGCUGCUGCCAUUGACAGCUACCCCGAUGACUAUGCCGCCGAGGAGGGCUACGAUCAGGAGGAUGGCGGCGAUGACUACGAGGACUACUAUGCCAGCUACGACACGGGCCCCGCGGUCGCCGCCCGGCCCCGGGACGAGACGCCCGAGGAGAAGCGCGCCCGCAAGAAGGCCAUCAAGGAGCAGCGCUCUGUCCGCCGCGCCACCAAGAAGGCCACCACCACCGCCUUCAAGACCGAGAAGACCCGCAUCGAGACGCAGGCCAUUCGCCAGCGCACCGCGCACAACAAUGCCCCGGUCAUUCUGUGA